CAUGUUUGCAAAAUUUAGUCGAUACAGAUAAUAUUUUACAAGUAAGUCGUUUAAUUCAAGUUGGCUGAUAUUCAAUGGAUCGUAUUACCUAUUACAUAUUUGCAUUGCUUGUGUUUGCAUCGCUAAUAAAUUGCGAUGAUUUGAAAAUGCAAGCAAAUAAUUCGUCUUCAGUAAAUAAAUCGGACAAACAAAGUCUAAUCGAUCUCUUCAUCGAUUUAUUUGGAAUUUAUCAUGGCGUUUUGCCAAACGACGACGAACGAAGUAAUAGUGUACCAUUUGAUACGGAUAGUCCAAUCGAUCCACAUAUUUCACGUGUUAUUCAAGAGAUUAGUCUGAAGCCAGUUAUUGCACCUUAUCUUGAACCAGUUCGAACUUACAUAAAAAGAGCGUACAAAACCUAUGUGACGCUCACUCCAGAAGUGAAAUUAGGCCAAUGUGUCGUCAAACAUUUUUACGUCCAAUACCCCAGUAUCUUUCGAUUUUUUCGAAAUAACACAUUAAGGAAACAUAUUGAUCGUGUUUACAAUUUUUUGGUGCAAUGGAUAAGAAACCUUCUAAAGAUAUUGUUUCCAUUGGAGAUUGAGCAAAAUACAUCACAAAUUGGACCAAAAGUUGCUAAUAAAAGAAUUAAAAUGCCACCACAAAGUUUGGCCAAUACACCAUCGCAACCGAACUACAACUACUACUAUCCAAGCAGUUUAAAUCCAACGGUAUAUAGUUAUCGAAGUAAACGCCAGACAAAUGCGGCCCAAAUUACCAAUAAUAAAAUGGAGUCAGAAGCGCAAAUUGAUAUGAUGAAUCGAAGGAUUUUAGAACGAGAAGCCGAUGACUUAUUCAACAUGGAUCAAAUGUUAUGGAAAAAUUUUGGUCUCGAUGAUCGUUCGAUAAAAAAAUACUCAAUGGUGUAUUGCGGCAAAGAAUGGAUAACCGGUUUCUUUAAUCGAUUCGUGAAAAAUGUUAUUUUGAGCUAAAUUUGUUUCCAAAUAAUGUUUCCUCAAAACAUCAUUCAAAAUUAUCCUUCGUAACCUGUGCAG